CUGCCGGUGAAGAUGCGAGAUUAGUUCCGGGUUUAACAGCAACAUGGCAGCACCCUUAGCUCUCCACCUGGAGUUUGGAGGAGGAGCUGAACUUCUGUUUGAUGGAGUCAAGAAUCAUCAUGUGACACUCCCCGGCCAAUCAGAUCCCUGGGACAUGAAGCAGCUGCUGGUGUGGAUCCGAGGGAACAUGUUGAAGGAGCGCCCCGAGCUCUUUAUGCAGGGCGACACUGUUAGACCAGGUAUUCUUGUAUUGAUUAAUGAUGCAGACUGGGAACUGAUGGUAAGUGUGUGUGUACAUCCUCAAUCACUCCCUCCACUCUCUGUUUUAAUGACAUGUUCAUUUUUGGUCCAGUGUCAGCUCCUCUCCAUUCAUCUAAUGUACAUAACAGUUGUGCUAGGCUGUUCUUUCAGGAAAACGUGUAUUGGCAUCAGUACGUAAUUUAAAGAAACAAUCAAUGGAAAAAAGUCAAUGUCUCGACAGCUGUCAAUGACGAUGGAAACCAGCAAAUCAAGUGUUGAUUUAAAGUUAACAGUCUCUUCACAUCAGUCUAGACUUUAUUUUUGUGUUUCUGCAAUACACAUUAAAUAUAUACUCUUCUGUAAGUGAAUAUAUUAGUUCUUCAGCUUAAAAAUGUGGUAUGAUUGACAUUCUUUAUAAACCAAAUAUUGACAUUUUCACCACUAACAUAUAUAUUGUGUGUGCUCAUGUCCACCUAUGUCCUUUGCAGGGAGAAGUGGAGUACCAGCUUCAGGACCAGGAUAAUGUUGUCUUUAUCUCCACACUUCAUGGAGGUUAACUGACUCUUUAAAAAAAAAAAAAAAAAAGCACCACCGCACCCACAGGAGACCCUGCACCCUUCAAUUGGCCAAAUAUCAAAUGAUCCAUCAAAAAUGGCUGUGUUUGCUGAUUUCAAUUCUGACAUUGGACUUCUCAACCUAUCCUGUGAAAAGACGCUGACUUAUUUUGGUUUUAAAUCCAAUAAAAUGUAACGUCAUCGGGAAUCAGGCUGCGGGGUGGACUGUUCGCUGGCCCCUGCACCUUACAGGAGUAUGGGGGGUUAGGAUGGGAGAAUGUGCUCAUUAGGAAGGUCACUCUGUCUAGCCACUGUCCAGAUGGAUUCUCUGGAGACAUGGUGGACUGGUUGCCCCAUGUCAAAUGGCUCAGUUAUAAUUUUAAUUUGUUUUUGUUUUUUUCAAUGCCUUAAUAGCCAUCAGUUUUUUGUAUGCUAUGUAAGACCUAUGCUUUUUUUUUUUCUUUUUCUAAUCAAUAAAAAUUUUGUCAUAUUGUUUUGAUACUAAAUACAUUUUCAGGGGAAAAAAUGCAAAUUCAAAAAUGCAUGUUUUUUUAAUUUUUUUUUAUUAUUAUUAAAAUGAAGAUAUUUCUGUAAA